GGUUGGAUACAUGAGAAUCCAAAAAAUGAACAAGACAGUUAGAUUUUGCAUUUUUUGCAAAAGAAAAGUUGACCGUGUCAACCAUCCUCAAAGUUUCAGAAAUAGAUGUCAUUAUUAGCAAAGAAGGAAAGCCUUCGCUCCCCUCCCCACCUCUUAUCUCACCAAACUCAGCUCUUUCAAUGGACAAAUUAUUGUAAUCACCAAAAUGACUGACCCUCCCAGAUUAAACCAAAAAAACCACAAACCCAUUCCUCUCCAAAAAAGGACUCUUUCAAUCACAAUUUCUCUCCGAACAGCGGCUCAUUUCUACCCGGGGUUGUUCUUCUACAUUUCCGGCCCAGCAAAUGGCCGCUGUUCACCACCACUGUCGUUGUCAUCGCCCCCCCCACCACCACCACCACCGCCACACCCUCUCCUUCCUCCUACUCCUCCUCCUUAUCUUUCCUCAUCUCUCAUCCCCACUCCCUGACGAAGAUGCACUCCUCAAACUCAAAUCCUCCAUUAAUCACGGUGGUGCCCUCGAUGGGUGGUCUCGUGACACCUCCCCAUGCACAAAUAGAUGGAUUGGCAUCGUCUGUGAUGGUGGUGGCACUGUCUCAGGAAUUCGACUUUCUAGCAUGUCCCUCUCUGGAAACAUCGAUAUUGACGCCCUUCAGCAACUCCUGGGGCUUCGAACAAUUAGCUUUUCAAAUAACUCCUUUGCGGGGCCCAUCCCAGCUUUCAACAAGCUAGGUGCGCUCAAGGCGCUCUUCCUCUCAAGCAAUAACUUCUCCGGUGAAAUUCCUGGCACAUAUUUUUCCCCAAUGUCUUCCCUCAAGAAAGUUUGGCUAGAUAGAAACCAUUUCACAGGAAAAAUACCUGAAUCCAUUACAAGUCUCCCGCAUCUCAAAGAGCUUCACCUUGAAGAGAACCAAUUCUCGGGCCCUAUCCCACCACUCAAGGAUCCCACCGCCUUAACUUCCCUUGACCUCUCCCAAAACAAAUUGGAGGGACCUAUUCCGCCAAGCUUCUCCAAAUUCAACAUCUCUUCCUUUGUUGGAAAUGACGCUCUUUGUGGGAGCCCACUCGCCAUCCCUUGCGCAGGAGACAAACCAGAGACACCUUCUCCUAAUUCGAACAAUGAUGACGAUGAGGCAAAAGCCCCGGAGGGAGGACACCAGAAUGUGGCCGCAGGAGUGGUAGCACUACUAAUUAUCGUCAUGGUAAUUGUGAUCACGAUUUUGUCAUCUCGGAAGAAGAAUGGGGAUGACUCAUUCAGCGUGCUAGAGAAGGAGAAUCUGAAUAAACGAGAGCCCACGAUGCCAGUGAGUUUGCCGGCAGCGGGGAAGAAGGAGUCUCACAAGAAGGGCGGCAGUGGUGGUGGCGGAGGUGGCGGACGAGGAGGAGGGGAGCAAUCAACGACAGCAAGGAGAGGUCAUGCACAGAGCCUAGGGGCAGGAAGGAAUGGGAUGGGGGAUCUUAUUAUGAUAAAUGAUGAAAAAGGUCCAUUUGGGUUACCAGACUUGAUGAAGGCCGCGGCAGAGGUGUUGGGGAAUGGUGGGUUAGGUUCGGCUUAUAAGGCUACAAUGUCUACAUUGAAGUUAUCGGUAGUGGUGAAAAGGAUAAGGGAGAUGAAUAUGCUUGGUAGGGAUUUGUUCGACGCAGAAAUGAGGCGUUUUGGAAGGAUCCGACACAAGAAUAUUUUGACUCCUUUGGCUUACCAUUUCAGGAAAGAAGAGAAGCUUCUUGUCUCCGAGUACAUGCCCAAAGGGAGCUUGUUAUAUCUCAUGCAUGGUGAUCGGGGAAUUUGCCACUCGGAUCUUAAUUGGCCAACUCGAUUGAAGAUAAUAAAGGGGAUCACAAAUGGUUUAGGCUUCCUACACUCAGAGUAUGCAUCUUACAAUCUUCCACAUGGCAACCUGAAAUCCAGCAACGUCGUCCUAGACAACAAUUAUGAUCCUCAUUUGAGCGAUUAUGCACUCGACCCACUCAUAAACCCAACCCAUGCUUCCCAAGCUAUGUUCGCCUACAAAUCCCCUGAAUAUAUCCAGUACAACCAAGUCUCUCAUAAGUCUGAUGUCUACUGCUUAGGGAUCAUAAUACUUGAAGUGGUGACCGGAAAAUUUCCGUCACAAUACCUAACAAAUGGGAAAGGGGGGACUGAUGUGGUGCAAUGGGUUGUUCAGGCAAGGGCAGAAGGGAGAGAAAAAGAAGUCAUAGAUCCGGAAAUGAUGAAUGGUAGAAACCCGGUGGAGCGAAUGGUGCAACUGUUGCAGGUUGGUUUGGCUUGCAUUGAGACCGACCCCAACCAACGGUUAGACAUGGGUGAAGCUAGUAGACGGAUAGAGGAGAUUCAUGUUUAACUUUUUUUUCUUAAAAUGAUUUAAAAGGAAAAUUGAAAAAAGAUCAAGGGAGAUGAAAAAGAAAAGGGUUUGCUUUUGUCUUCUUCUUCAUGAUCUCGAUGGAAUGAAAAUGCAACCGUAGUCCCAUGUAUAUUUAUUUUUUUCAAACUUUUUUGUAAAUUACUACAUUGUGUAGGCCUAUAAUUGUGGAUUUUUCUCAAUGUGGCACUUUUUAUUUGUUAGAAGUGUAUAUGCCCAGGUGCUAAAUAUUUUAUUGUUAAAGAAUGCGUCUAAAGAUAUGUGAGUUUGGUUUUGUUCCCCCUACUUAGUUUUGUCC